UUGCACCAUGUCUAUAAUCCAAUAUGGCGUGAUUUGAGUAAAAUAAUUCAUGUAUUUCUCAUCUUCAUUUUUGGCUUUGUUUUUGUUAAUAUAAUCUUUGAAAUUCGCGAAAAUGUCUUCUUGUUUUAUAUGCGCGGAGCCUGGUCUAUAAUGCUUCUUCUUAAUCGUUAUUCUCUCCUACGAUAUUCUCUUCUAUGA